GCAACCAUUCUGACUUGGAAUCUCGCCGCGAUCCCGACGGGGUGCAAGCGAGAGCUGAGAUCGAUUCGCGCGCGAAAAUUUACAGACGCGGUUUAUUUUUUAAUUUUUCAAAAUGGCGGUUACAAGUGCCAGGAGCAUUAUCAAUAUGAAGGAGAAGGGACAUUUCGGUCAUGAAAAAACAAGGAUUGAUAAAUAUACGUUGGCCGACGAGCUGCCAGCUCAGCUUUCUGAGCUGGAUCUCAGGCCGCGGACCAUGGCUGCUUCCUACACCCUGCGCAAGUUGACGUCAAAGGAUAAGGAACCAGUGAUAGACUUCUUGAGGAGAUUUUUCUUCCGUGAUGAGCCGUUGAACCUGACAAUAAACCUGCUUGAAACCCCUGAGUCUCGCUGUUUAGAAUUAGAGGACUAUGCAUCUUCCACUCUCGGUGAUGGCGCAUCAGUAGCCGCAGUUGAUGAAAAUGGGGAUUUCGUUGGCAUGGUCAUCAAUGGAAUUGUUAAAAGAGAAGAAAUCGACUACACAGAUAAAUCGGAAGACUGUCCCAACCCGAAAUUCCGACGUAUCUUAAAACUUCUAGGUCAUCUCGAUCGCGAAGCUAGGAUUUGGGACAAGUUGCCUCAGUCCUGUCACACAGUUGUGGAGAUCAGAAUAGCAUCCACCCACUCCGACUGGAGAGGAAGAGGACUUAUGAGAGUCUUAUGUGAAGAGACCGAACGGAUAGCAAAGGAAUUGGGCGCAGGCGCCUUACGGAUGGACACCACCUCUGCUUUCUCCGCCGCUGCAGCUGAACGUCUGAAAUACAAGAAGGUGUACGGCUUGUUCUACUCCGAAGUGCCGUACGCCCCACACCCAGAGGCGCCGCAUCUUGAAGGAAGAGUAUAUCUCAAAGAGAUAUAAAGCAAGACAUUCUCUGUUCAACUUCAAAAAGUUGCAAAAACGAUCAUCUUUCAAUAUAUAAGUCCGAGUCCUUGCGAUUAACAUUGUUUGUUACGUAAAUCUAAAAAAAUGUAUGUACCUAUUCUUAUGUACUGUUUCUAAUUAUUCAUUAAUAAAAAGUCUCACGUUUGUACUAAUUUACUAAAUUUUUGUCUUUAAUACGUACUCUAGUACAACGUAUUUACGUAUGUAUCUUAAACAAAAAUUUAGCAAAUUAUAUAUAGCUAAUACGUACGACAAUUUAAAAAACAAUAUAUAAAUAACCUGAAAUUUGCUCUCAAAAAAUGUUAGAAAAAUACAAAGAUAAAUCGACAAGUAUCUAACAUUGUUUGCUAUAAAGAUUUUAAUUAUAGAUGGUGUAUGUAGUUUAAAUGAUACCAUUCAAGAAAUUGUAAGCAAAUAUUUUCAGAAAAUCCCAAUUAAUAAUACGACUUAGCUGUGAUACAAAGAAAGAUUUUAAUUUACAAAAAGUUUAUUAAAAUCUCUGUAAAAAAACUUGAAUUGUAUAAUUUAGUUAUAAAAAUAAUCUUUUGUAUGUAUAUAUUAUUUUGAUAUAUUUAUAAAUGUAAAAUAAAAAAAAAACAAAAACCGCCUGCAUAAUAUAAUAACAAAUAAUUAAGAAAGGCGACGCCUGGCAAAAAAAUAUAGCAAAAGUAUGUAAUAAUGAUAUUGACAUCAGAUAAAAACGCUGCUGUAGGUUGAGGGAACAUUAUAGUACCUAUUUUCUCUAUUGUCGUUACUGUCCUAUCGUCAAUUGUAGCUGUAGUCAAAAAUGUAUGUAAUAUGAUUAAUUUAAUUGUAAAGUUGUUUUGAAUAUAUACGAAAAUAAUAUCUGUGUAUUACAAUAAACUAUAUAAAUAUA